AUGCCCACUGUUCUUCGUGUUGUUGGAUCACGCCAUGCAGAUGUAUGCGUGCCACGUGCACUUGCACGCAGCAAGCACCUUGUGCAUCUGUUCCCCGAUGAUCUUCCUGGUCAGAGUUCUUUCAUCUUUCACCUAAUCGCUCUUCUGUACAAGAAGAUCUACAUUCCUCAGGUUCUUUUCUGGAGAGAUGCGGACAAGUUCGGGUUGACAGCUCAUAUGGAGCCAUUCCUUACCAAUGUAUUGCGGGAUGAUAGUACUCUUGAGCUUUUUCUAUGCCAUAGAUGGCGGCGGGCAUUGGCAAGAUGGGCUGAUAUACCAGUCUAUACUUUUCACUUAGGAGGCGUAUCUCGCUCCUGCACCCUAAUUGAGCUGUGGAGGCAUCUAGGCAUUUAUACAGCGAAGGAAACUCUGAGUCCUCAUUUUCAUGCCGGUCUUGACAGUUGUAUUACUGAGCCACCACAUCAGUACCACUAUAUGCAGGUCUGGGGUCAUGCUAGGGGGGCCUAUGUUUCCAGGACGGCCAAGGAGAGCGCCUUUCGAUCACCUAUUUAUCGUUUGAUCCAUUGGUUGGUCACUUCUACUAUUUAUCACCGCAAGGAGUGUGAAAAGGUUCCUUCUGGUCACCUAUUCUAUAUAUGGUGCCUCACUCAGACUGAGGUUUUCCUUCACCCUCCCUUUUCCUUAGCUCUCUAUUUGUCUGGUAUGGCUCUAGGUUCCAUGCCUUCAAGUAGGAUUUAUGGGGGUCACUGGGUUACUCGAUUGGUUCUAUCUUAUGAGCAUAUAUGUAUGGACCAUCCACCUUUUCGUCAUAUGGGUCCUGUUAUUCCACCACAUGCUCAGCCAGGUCAUGAUGGUGUUGGUCCUUUAAGCACACAUCAUCGGGAUACCGAUGAUGAUGAUGAUAGCAACGAGGGAGGGUGA